AUGUUCUCUCCCAGGGACAGCGGUGCUCCCAGGGACGGUAGCGCCCCCAAGGGCCCUCCCAGGGACAGCGGUGGCUCCCUCCCCCCCCAGGGGCCCUCGCAGGAACAGCAGCACUCCCAGGAGCCCUGCAAGGAACAGUGGUGCUCCAGGAGCCCUCCCAGUGACAGCGGCGCCCCCAAGGGCUCUCCCAGGGCCCUCCCAAGGAAGGCGGCGUCCCCAGAGGCCAUGCCAGGAACAGUGGCGCUCCAGGAGCCUUCCCAGGGGCCGUCCCAGGGGCGGUGGCACCCCCAGGGGCCCUCCAAGGGACGGCAGUGCCCCCACGGGACCUCCCAGGAACAGCGGUGCUGCCAGGGGCCCACCCACGGGCGGAAGCGCCCCCAGGGGACAUCCCAGGAACUUCGACGCCCCCAGGGGCCCUCACAGAGACGGCGGUGCUCCCAGGGGCCCUGUUAG